CUAUACUAAACAAAACACAUGUGCCGAUGUGCGCUAGGUCGUGGUGGUUAUUGUUUAUUUUUGAUGUGGAAAGUUAAUACUUAAACAAUAUCUGUUUACCCGUGUUAGUGUAAAUUUAGAUCGUUGUCGUUCUUUUACUACACAACAUACGAAUCUGCUGAAUGUCGCCCCCAAAAUGGAGGACACACAUUCAAGAAAUCAAGACUUGCAAGAACAUCAAAAGAAAUUUCUUGCUGAGGCUGAUAAACUGGUUUCACAUCUAGACACCUUCAAAACAAAGGUGACAGAUGCUAUUGCUAGAGCUGAAGCAGUGGUGUCACCCAGUAUCAAAAAGGAAAGAUUAAAGGAUACCAAGGAUUUCAUAUCCCGACUGGUUGAACGUUUGGUGGAUAUCAACUGUGAAUUUGAGCUAGAUGAUGGAAUGCCAAAUUUGUUCAUUCCUUAUCCUCCUGUUGGGAAUCAUUUUGUUCAGCUUCAGUUUCUUACAGGAGACAGUCCAUGGAACUUUUGGCUUUGUGAUAAAUUAGUGGAUACAAAAGUUCUACAUAAAACCUUGUUGCGAAAGUACCAGAAUGAUCUUCUAGAGCAUUGUCAGAACCCAAAACCAUCCGAAUCUGUUUGCUUCAUUGAUAGAAACAGAAUAUUUCGUGGAAUUAUUCUUCAAACCAUCAAUGAAAGCAGGGUGAAGGUGUUGGACUGUGACAGCAACAUCACCAAGGUUGUUACCACUGACAGGUUGUUCCGACCAGAUCCAGACGCUUGUGCUGUGCACGCCUCUGCGCUCCGGUGUACCAUAGUCAAGAAAAAAGAUAAUAAUCAGGUGUGGAGUACAGAUUUGAGAGAUUUAUUUUGCAAUACACUUAAAGAAGCAGUUCUACAUGUCAAACUAUUGGAAAAGCUCCCUGGCACUUUUCCAAAUUUUCUUGUUGAAGUGGAAAUGUAUUUUGAAGAAGAAAAGGGAAAUUUGAGAGAGUGGGUCAUCGAAAGGCUUUUGCCAGAACUACAAAAAUUAAUCACUGAUGAACAUGAUGAAAAUGAGUCGAUGUGUGACUUUCUUUCUGCUGAAUCACUGAAUCCGUACUAUAAAAGUUGCAUUGUGAAGGAUGACAAAAAUAAUGAAACUGAAGACACAGAUAGAAAUGCCAAUUUGUUUAGAGUUCCACAGGAUGACAUAAAUAAUUUAAACUCAAACACCAAUAAAGUAUCAACCAAUAUUAACACUAAUUUCAAUCACUCUGAAAAUGAAAUAUUUGUAACUCCGGAAGCAAAUGAUCAAGUAUCCUCGAGUUGUGAUGACGCUAGUCUUCCCUCAAAAACUAAGCUCAAUGAGAUUAAGGCGAUCAAUUCUACAGAUUCACUACUUAAUGUCAAUUCUAAUUCUUCUAAAUGUGAGAAAAAAAUGUUGGACAUUAGAUUGAAUGGUGCAUCUGAAGAAUUUAAACCCAUGGUGACCAAACACCAUCAUAAGCCUCCGAGGUUUAAUAAAGCUCAUAAUGCAGCAUUCCACCCGCAAAUGAACAACUACCACCAUCCACCUGGUUUUCAUUCUUAUAAUCCGCAUUCUGCAGCCUUCUGUCCAUCCCCCAUCCUUCCCAUUCCUUCUCCCUGGACGUACCAAGGUGUGCCGCUGCAGCAGACUCCCAGUUGGCCUCGACCUUCCAGCUUUAACCACCACUGGCAACCUCCAAACAAUGGGCCAAGCUUGCCGCCAGUCAUCACAGGGCCAACACAAAAAUCUUGGUCCUCAGGAGAAUAUUCAAAUUGCAACACUGAUGAAAAUGAAGAAAAUGUGAAUAUAAAAAAGAUUAACAGCGUCAAUAUGAAUGUCAGCGUGUUGGCUCCAGAAUUUGUUCCCAGACAGAGUAAUGAUAACAAGAGGUACCCCACUAAAGAGAACACCAGCCCUCAAGUUAACGGUGAACAGUCAUCAAUUCUUCCAGAUACAACAACACAUUUGGAAUUGAGGAAGCCAAACACUUUGUUAAAGCCGGGAGAAAACCUUUACGUAAUGAUGGCACAUGUUGAAUCUCCUGCAGAAUUUUAUGUCCACUUUCUGACAUCUAACAACAAACUCAUUGACAAACUGCGUAAUGGGAUGUUCCAACACUACAAUUCCAAGAAUCCAGUAGCCUACAACUCAUGGCAAGAGGCAUGGCAAGUCUUGGGCAAAUUCUGUGCCUGCAAGUGGGCGGAGGACGAACACUGGUAUCGGGUUGAAGUCAUUGAUUGGACUGUUGAGAGGAACCAUGUGAAAGUGUUCUUCGUAGACUACGGAAACACAGAGUGUGUACAUUUCAAUUGCCUACAGCCCCUUUUUCAAGGCUUUGAGAAGUUGCCUAUGUGUGCCCAGCGCUGCCACUUAGCUGGGGUACAUCCACUUAUUAAAGGUGGACCUUGGUCAAAGGAGUCAAUAGAUUUUUUCAAAUCAAAAGUUGAAGAGACCAAUAUGCAUGUAUACUCAAUAACUGUUGUGCCAUCAUAUGACAACAAAAUUAUAAGCAACUCGUUGUCAGUGAUGCUGUUCGAAGGCAAGGCUACAGAAGAUUCGUCUUCCAUAAAUGAUCAGAUGGUAGAUCAAGGGCUGGCCUGGAGUAGGAGGCUACUAACACAAUCGGUCUUGUCAGUAGGCAGUGAUACAUUUCAAUCCCAGGAUGAACUGCCAGUGCUCAAUGAAAUCACAAACAUGAAUGCAAAGAAGGAAUCUUUGGAAACGUUUUCUUUGGAUUUUGAUCUCAAAGUCAAUUUACCCGAAACAACUAUAGCCAAGAUAGAUGAAAACUGGGACGAUUGGGAUCCGCGGAAAGAGGACUACUAUAGUGCUCGCAACAAUCCUGCUUUGGACACGGAUGAUGCGUGUGUGGCUGUGUCUGGCUACAGUGCUAGGGACGAAAUGAGGAUCUGCAAGUUCUACGCACGCAGGGGAUUCUGCUGGAAGAAAAACUGUCCAAAAGAACAUUUUAAACUUAAUAAAGAUGGAGUAACCACCGACAAAGAGGAAGUGUACUCUCGAGCUUUCACUGAAAUGUCAUUGCCGGCAGUAGGCGAGGAGAUUAGCAUAAGGGUGACAGCAGUCGAGUCUCUCAACUACUUCUACGUUCAACUCAGAGAAGAUGAAGCAAUAAGCAUAGACGCUGAUAAGGAUGAGGAUGAGGAAACCUUGACAUCACUGCAUGAGUACAUGAACCUGCCAGAGAACAUUGAGAGGAUGCGAUACCUUGAAGUGCCCCCCACCCUGGGCCAACUAGUUAUAGCCAAAUAUGAAGAGAAGUGGUUCCGGGCCAGGGUAAUCAGUGCGGACGACAAUCCUGAGGUGAUGUUUGUUGACUAUGGCUCAACUGCAACUGUCGAUGCACUGAAUUUGAGGCAUAUAGAGCCACAGUAUCUGCAUCUACCAUUCCAGGCAAUCGAGUGCUCACUGGCAAACAUCAUUCCACCGGAGAACCGUGAGUUGCUCAAGAAGGGCGCAGAACAGCUAAGAAAUCUCAUCCUGGGCAACAUUUUCACUGCCAAGAUCUACGAUGCUUUGUCAGGUGAGACUUUUCGCCGAUUCUACUUACUUCUACGCAAUUCAGAAGGUGACAUCGGAGAGAUCUUAGUAGGUCAAGGAUUUGGAACUGAACAACCCGUGACAUGGGAUUCAUUUGUGCCACAAAGAAGGGUCAAGUAUUAUCCUGCUUAACAGUCUUGCCUUAACUUUACACUUGUGUUAACAUUAAAAUGACAACUCUUUGUAAAACUUAGUGGAAAAGAAAUACAAAAAGGAAGUGUCAAAAACAUAAUCUAUGUCAGAUAACUUCAUUGUAAAAAUUAGAAAAACAAAGUUAAUAAGUUAUUUUUAAUGACCCUUUUUUAGUAACUCUUUUUACACUAAAUGAACAAAAUUAGGACUUAUAAAUAUGUUAUCAUAAAUCUAUAAAUUACUAUAUAGACACCGUCCAAAUAAAGUUUAAUUGUGAACUUAGCAUUUAAAUACUAUGGGUACAGUAAUACUGUAUUACAACUCCUUUAUAUUCUUGUGUUCUAGAACAAUAGUUUGUAAGUUUAUUUAUUAGUUAUUUAAAUAUUGACAGUAUAAUUUUAUACCAAAAUUAGUUUAAUGUUAUAUUUAAUGUGUUCUGUUAAACUGGAGACCUUCUAGUCAAAUAUAUUUGCACUUUGUAGUAUUUAUUAUGAGAAGGCUUAUUAACUCUUCAUUAGUCAUUAGACUAAUGUAUUAACAUUUCUCAUUAGUUUAUUUGGUCCUGUAUAAAUAAAUAUACAGUACACCUUAAAGGCUUAGAAAUUUCAUUGUGUUAUGUAUUUUAAUAUCUUAUUCAAAUUAUGAAUUUAUUUAACUUUUUAUUGAAUAAGUUCAUCUACAUUAGUAACUGUUGUAAAUAAUUAUGUAAAUUCAAACAGUCACUUGUAAAAUCUCAGUAAAAAACAAAACAUUUUAAUAAUUUUACUUUAUUUAACAAGUUUCUUAUUUUAUAUGACCUUGUGAUUUUAUCAUGCAAUUAAUGAAAAUAGGUUUGAAAUGUCAAAGCUAUGAAAUUUAUAAGUGUGUUUUUUGAUCUUCUACAUAUAAAUAGUGACUGAACAACUUUGUGUUAUAAAUAUUUUGUAUACCACCUAUUUGUUCAGCCUUCAUUGUAAUCUAAAUUUAGAUCUGUUAAGGUACAAUUUUAUAGAGGUAAUGUUUGUAAUACUGACUAGCAGCCAAUGUGAACAUAAAGUUUGAAGUGGCCAAUAUUGAAUAAACAGUUGUGUUGUAUAGUAAUAGUUCAUGUCUGGUAUUCCUACCCUCAUUUAUCUCUUGUAAAGGCCAACUUAUGAUCUGUUAUAUAGAUUUUUUUGCCAGAGUUCUGUUAUAGAUUAAAAUGUUUUGCUGGAGUCAUAAUAACAAUUUAAUAUUGCUUUGUAACAAUGAUUUUCCAAUGUUACAUGUAUAUUCUUUGAGUUUUUGAUCUCAUUUUAUCUGCUAGAUUUAAAAAUAGAUUUUUCCUAUGUUCAGAUUGUCAAAAAUAAAUAGUACUAUACCAAUAUUAAAAGAAAUAUUACGUCCAACUUGAAAUUUGAACAGUUCCUUCCAGCAUCUUCUGUGGUAUGCUAAAGUGUCUGUUUUUCUUGCACAAAUCCAUUCUGUGAAAUUUGUUUUAUCAGUAAAGAAAAAUAUCUUUCCAACUCGUCUUGUUAUAAUAAAGUCAUGUAUUAUUAAUAAAAAAAAUCAACUAUGAUGUAAACAUAUUUUUGAUGUACUUUUCAUUGACAUUUAAUUAAAUCCAUUCUUUUUCUAAAAGAAUAACAAUUUUAUUACAUUUAAGUUUUACUUUGACAGAAAUUUGUAAUAAAAAAUGAGUUUAAAAUAGUAAUUUUGGAAGUAGAAUAAUUUAAGUGGACUAGAUCUUUAUGUGGGUAACAUCAAAUUCACGGUUCCCAUGAUGUGUUAACUAAUAGCACUGUCCAUCUUCUGAGGAAUGAUGGCUUACCUGAUAAGCCUAUUUUUUAUUUCUCGUUUACCAACUUCUGUAAAAUAUACAAAUUUCAGGAAAUAUCGAAAUGUUAUUUUACUAACAUUAAUUUAACUGUUAGUGCCAAAGUAUUUUUUAUAUGAAUAUUAGGCAACUUUGUACUGAACUUAAUUGUUGAGUUGCAGAAAAAUAUGGUCCUAUUCCAUUUUAUACUAUUGGUUUAAAAAUAAUGUAAUUUCUAUUUUUCAUAUCUUGAGACCAACCCCUACAGUAAAACAAUAAUUUUUCCUUUGGUAAUAUCUUGCUAAAACAUUACAUCACUCUUACCUUACUUAAAGUAAUGUUUUUUAUCUUGAAUUUAUAACCUUACAGGGCAAAUCUAAAAUAUUGUCUCCUAUUCAUUAAAUAAGCUUUAAUAAGUUAACUUAAUUAUCACAGGAAAUGUAAUAAUCAAGGAGUAUAAUUUCUCAGAUUAUUUAAAGUUAAACAUGUGUGUUUUGAUUAAUGAAUUAUGUAUUCUAGAGUAGAAGUUGUCAGUCUAUAGGAUUAUGACAAUAUCAAACGCACAAUUUUUAGAUUACAGUAAUGAGCUUCGAAUUUAUGAGCAUAAGUAAAAUUCUUAAUAUAAAUUAUUAUAUUGUUAAUUUAUUUUUUUCCGAUUGAUAGAUAACAAGAACUUAAAAUAUUAGAAUCAUAUUUGGACAGUAUAUUUUAACCACUAGCCACAUCCAAUAAAAAUAAUAAGAAAAACUUUGUUUUCUUGAGAUUUACAACUCAUAAACUGGAGUUAAUGAAAUUUCAUUUUGUGUACUCCCAAUAUUUAUAUUCAUAUUAUAAGGAACCUUCCAUGUUUAGAUGUAUACUUGUAAAUACUAAAAUUUUCAAGAGGUGCUAAGACAUUAAAUUAAAUUUUAAUUGAUAAUACAAGAACUGUUAGCUUCCUACAAAAGUAUUGUACUUCAGUACUGGAAGCCUAUUGUAGAAUAAUGCCCAGAGACUUUUAUAUAAAAUUGUAAAACAUCUAAAAUAUUGGUGAAGGCGUAAUUUGUCUUUAGUAUGGUGAACAAAGUAUUUUUCCAUGAUAUAAAAUAAUGUUAUCAGGCUUCCACCAGGUUUGGUUCAUUAGUAUCGUAAGUCAUAAUAAAUUGUAUUAAAUUUAUUACUAUUUUUGUUGAAAACCCCUAAUAAAAUAUAAAUUGUUGACAA